AUGCAUGAUGAGACAGUAGACAGGACUACUGAUGGAACAGAUAGUUUGAGUGACUUGACGUUUGCUGAAGUUAGGAAGCUUAAUCCAGCAGCAAAUCACAGAUUGAAAAAUAAUUUCCCUGGUGAAAAAAUAUCUACUCUGAAGGAAGCCAUUAUGGAAUGCCUAGAUCAUAACCUCACAAUCUACUUUGAUGUCAAGAGCCGUGCAACUAUGGCUGCUGAUGCUCUAAAACAUAUGUAUAUGGAAUUUCCUAAGUUAUACAACAUCAGUAUUGUCUGCUCUUUCAUGCCAGAAGUCAUCUUUAAGAUGAGGCAGGCGGAUGGUAAUGUUGUGACAGCUUUAACCCAUAGACCUUGGAGCCUUAGCUAUUUUGCAGGUGGGAAACAACUCUUUGAUUCUCUUUGGAAGCAUUUUUUAUAUAUGUUGCUGGAUAUUCUCCCAGAUUGGAGUUUGCAUAAUAUCUUGUGGUACCUUUGUGGAAUUUCACCUUUCCUCAUGCAGAAGGAUUUUGUAUCUAAGGUUUAUUUGAAGAGGUGGUCAACUAAAGGGAUUCAUGUUGUUGCUUGA